AGUCUGAAAGAACUCCUGGAGCAGCAGCAGAUCGCCUGCGGCCUUCCGGCGGCGAGCGCCGACGCGGCCGCACAGGACGCCGCGGCGGAGCCCACCAUGCGGCGGGCUCGGGCGCGGAGUUUCGGGGUGGGCAGGCGGCGCCCCCGCAGUGCGGGGCCGCCGGGGCGGCCUUACAUCGGCAGCGCCAAGGGCCCCGCCGGCGGAGAGCGACCCGCCCCCUCCGCCUCCGGGGCCGGCGGCGUGGUGCCGACAAGGGCGGUGGCGGACAGGCAGGAGCAGCUGGCGGAGCGCCGCCACAGAAGGACGAUGGAGCGGCGCCUGAAGCUGGCCCGCUUCCUCGAGGAGGAGCUCGCCAGCGGGCCGCUCAGCACGCAGAAGGAGGGUCGCCCUCCAGCCAGCAUGCUGGAGCGACGACUCGUGCGUGCACCCUCAGUCGCCAGUCGCCGUGAAUGAAACGGGUCCUGAGAGAAACCGGUCCUGCUCCCCCUCGGCGCGCGGAGGGGUCGGACCACCAGCGCGGGCUGCUCUGGACUCUGCGAAGCGCGCGCGCGGAGCCGGCCACGCGCGCGGCGCGGCCGCGGG